AUGGAUCCUGCUCUGGACAAGUUUGUGCGGUCGCUGGCCAACAGUGCCGGUCCCCCAAACAUGACCCGGGUUGAAGCGCACUCCCUCGCCCGCCUGUUAAACAGGACGCUCAAUGUGUGCACCUCUCGCCACAUCCAGCAAUCGACCACGGCCCUGAUCAAGCUCAUACUGCCCUGGUCCCACGCCAGAGCUGCUGUAUUCGACUACGUAACUUCCUUAAGUGUAGCAAGUAAGCCGCGCGCAGCAGAUGCCGUCGUCACCGAAGCAACGGCCCGCACCUACGAGCUAGAAGGGCUCUCACGCGCGAGAGACCAAACAUACAACCUCCCCAGCUCAGCGCAGAAACGUUUGCACGCACUUUACACUAUCCACAACGUUUUUUUCGCUCUGCGCGCGCUCUCUCCCUCACAACUGCCGCCGACAUACAAAACCGUAAAGAUGCAAGACAUCGAAGAUCACCUCGCAGACCUCAUCACCCGCCUCUGGCGCCUCUCCUGCACGCGCGGCGAAUACCCCGUCGACACCUGCGGCUCCGAGAUCAUGAAGCUUUUCGACUUCUAUCUCGACCAGAAUGCAAUCGACCACGGUCGCAUCAACCUCCUCCGCACCAUGGCCGAGCGUGCCGAUGAUGGCGAGUGGCAAGAAGCCCUCGACCAGAUCGCCGCCAUGGACGAGGAGAAGGCCGCCGCCGACCAAGCCGCCGCCGCAGCAGCCGACCUCUGGACGCUGCCACACCACCACGGCGCCGCUGAAGACCCGUGGUACGAUCUCCCGGCCGCCAACGGCCUCCACAUGCGCCGCACCCUCGGCAGCCCCCUCCGCGCCGCCGCCUUCCCAGAAGGUGGCUACAACAUCACCAACGGCGGCCAAGAAGCCGACCAAGAGCUGAAGCGGGAGGUCACCUCCCUGAAGGACGACCUCCUUCACGCCCUCUCCGGUCCCGCCCCCGCCGCCCAAGUCCAAGACAUCGACCCCCUUGGCAACAUCAUCCACGCCAACCCCGCGCUCGCCACGCGCAACCCCUGGGGCUUUUCGCUCCAGGGGGUCAAGAAGAUCAAGGAGCUCGAGAGCUCCGCUCGCCGUGGUGCGGGCUACGCGGGCGUGCCUCCCCUGCGCGCAGAGCUGAAUCCGUUCAGCUCUCGUGCGGGUGGGGACGUCCGGCGGGCCCAGGAUUUGGCCAGUCGCGGUGGACGUGGUGGACGUGGUGGUGGUGGAGUGGUGGCGCGUGGCCGGGGUGGCCUCCCUGCCGGGUCUUCGUAG